CUUAAUUUUCCCCCGGUGCAGUUCAUUCACAUGCUCCUUCCGUUAGAGACACAACAGCAGACAUGAGCGGACGAAUAGGAGACCUGACCCCAAAGCAGGCCGAGAGCUUAGCAGAGUUUCAGGAGAGGAUCCAGGACAUUCUUCCGAGCCUGCCUGCACAGCAUGAUCACUACCUCCUUCGCUGGCUCAGAGCCCGUAGCUUCAGUGUUCAAAAAGCUGAAGUCAUGAUCAGAAAGCACGUGGAGUUCAGGAAACAGAUGAAAGUAGACACCAUCAUAUCUGACUGGAAACCUCCAGAGGUGAUUGAGAAGUAUGUAUCUGGAGGGAUGUGCGGCUAUGACCGCGAGGGAAGUCCAAUCUGGUACGAUGUGAUUGGCCCUCUGGAUCCUAAAGGUCUGCUGAUGUCAGCCACCAAACAGGACUUCUUAAAGACUAAGAUCCAGCACACAGAGAUGCUGCGGCAGGAAUGUCAGAAACAGUCCAAAAAGUUGGGGAAGAACAUUGAAUCCAUCACUCUAAUCUAUGACUGUGAAGGACUUGGACUGAAGCACAUGUGGAAACCUGCUAUUGAGACCUAUGGAGAGAUCCUCACCAUGUUUGAAGACAACUAUCCUGAAGGGCUGAAGAGGGUGUUUCUCAUCAAAGCUCCCAAAAUAUUUCCUGUGGCCUACAACCUAAUCAAACACUUCCUGUGUGAGGAGACACGGCGCAAGAUCAUCGUUUUAGGAAGUAACUGGCAAGAAGUGCUACGUGAAAAUAUCGACGCAGAGCAGCUUCCAGUGGUGUACGGAGGAACCCUGACUGACCCUGAUGGAGACCCUCGCUGCAGAACCAUGAUAAAUUUUGGUGGCACGGUUCCCAAGUUCUACUAUGUGCAGGACUCGGUGAAGGUUCAGUAUGACAAAAGUGUGACCAUCAGCCGUGGCUCUGUCUUACAGCUGGAGUAUGAUGUUACUGCAGCUGGCAGCAUCCUGAGGUGGCAGUUUGCCAGCGAUGGAGCAGAUAUUGGAUUUGGAGUGUACAAGAGGACCAAAGAGGGCAGCCAACAGAAGGUGGCUGAAAUGCAGCAAAUUCUUCCCAGUGAGCGCUACAAUGCACACCUGGUCCCUGAGGACAGCUGCCUCACCUGCACUGAGCCCGGAGUCUAUGUGCUGUGUUUUGAUAACAGCUACAGCAUCCUUCAGUCCAAGAAAGUGAGCUACAAGGUCGAGGUUAUUCCACCAGCAGAUGGUCAGAUGCAGUGUCCACACAGCAGAGGGGAUGGAAGGCUGCAGUGAGUACGUUGGGACAGCGCAGCUCCGAUCCCUGUCAGUAAUUCCCAUCAGCACGAUCGAUGUUGUCCCAUCAGGGCUGAAUCACCUCCAUAAAGCUCCACUUCUUCCACUGUGUUCAACAUGUAUGAAUUCAUGCAUCCAUGCAUACAUUUGUGGAAGCUUUAUUAAAAAGUGAGUUAAAACCAGGCUAAAAAGAUCGUUAGAUGUUUCCAACAUUACUGUGUAAAACCGAUAUGAAGGAGGUCACGCAGUGAUGAUGAAAGACAUCAGCUGCAUCUGCAGCUUUCUUCAUUAUAGAACUUUUCAAUGAUUUGAGCUCGGAGUUUACCUCACUGAUUGCUAAACAGCUUCAGAUAACUGAUUUUAUUGGUCACUUUGAGUCAGCAGAAAAAAAUCUGUGAACACCAUUAUUGACGUGUUAUUAACAACAUCACCUGUCAAACCAAAAUGAUUAUGUAUUUGGAGUCGUUUGUGUAUACCUGAUAAAUGAAAGUUAAGCUGCUCCGAGGGGAAUUAUCUGUUCCUUCAGCCCCCCCCCCCCCCCCCCCCCCCCCCCUUUGAUCCCAAACUUCAUGCCAUUCAUCUUCAUGUACAGUCUGUGAGUUAAACCAGGAAAGAAGUCAGAGCAAGAAUUCUAAAGGGGUUAUUAUUAUUAUUAAGUAUUAAAUUAUGAGCCAUCGUGAUCAUGUAUGUUGACUGAAUUCCAUAUUAAUUUACAUUUAGGACACUCUAAACAUUAUAAUUAAGCAUUGUAGGUAUGUUUGUGUUUGGCUUCUUUAAGCUUGAAGCUACUGUAAUGUACGAUGGAGUGCUCUGAGGAUUUAAUUGGUGAUCUUUUAAUAGUGGACAGCACAAUGUUGGUUAGCACUGUUGUCUCAUAGCAAGAAGGUCUUGGGUUCAAAUCCACCAUCUGGCUGGGGUCUUUCUGUUUGGCAUUUGAAUGUUCUCCCUGUGUCUGAAUGGGUUCUCUUCGGGUACUCCGGCUUCCACCCACAGUCCAAAGACAUGCAGUUAGUGGGGUUAGGUUAAUUGGUGAUUCUAAAUUGCCCAUAGGUGUGAGUGUGAAUGGUUGUCUGUCUCUCUGUGUUAUCCCUGCGGCAGAGUGACUACCUGCCUCUUGCGCUAUAGCAGUUCUUUUAGUAGUAGCUUUUGGUACAUAUGGUAUUACUAAACAAAACUGCAACCAAAUUUCCAGAAACAAUACGGUGUUUUUGUCCACAGUGUAAUGUAGCCAUGUUUUUCAAAGCAAAAAAGAACCACUCGGAACAACAGCGACAUAAAGAUUUUGUUUGAACCAGCAUUUUAAAUCAGAACCACAAUUACAUAAGCUCAUCAUUUAGAACCACUUUGUAAAGCUUUAGUAUGUUUUGGUAAUUUAUAAUGUAAAAGGAAAGCCCAAGAUAUUAGAGACUAUUAAAAAUCUUUAGACCUUCCUACCAGCUGUUCACAGAGGUCUGAGGGAUCUUCCAGGAAUGGUGACAUUAUUUUCCAGAGAACUGACUGAUCUGUAAGUGAUAAUUUCAUACCUGUUUAUCUGUAAUCUGGGACUUAACCUGCAUGGUUUGCAGUAUAACUUAUCAUAGGGAUAUACCCUGGUAAGAGCUGGACCGCCUUCACAAACCCAGGGUUAACCCUGAAGUUACCGGGAUAAGAUGCAACCUUGCUUCAUGGAACAAGACUCAGGUUGUAUCUCUUUGUUGCGAUGUUGAGUUUUGUGUACAUACGUUUAGCCUGUUGUGGUUGUUUUGUAUCUUUUUGUAUUAGUUUGGUGUCACUUUGUCAGGUUGUGUGUCUUUGUCUUUGUGUAAACUCUUUUUGGUCAUUUUGCACAUCCUUGUGGAGAUCUUUCUUUCUUGUUUAGAUAAAGCCCACAGGCACCCUGUGCUCAGGAGCAUCCAUGCAGCUGCUGACUGAAGGUUUUGUGUUUUGUGUAGGUGAUAAAAGCACAUGAGAAUAAAAAAACACACACAGAGGCAACAAUCAGUCAAAGUUACUUUCUGAGGCUGUUCACCAAGUGAAGUUCUGAAGUUUAGUUUCAUAAUUGUGCUAUCACUGCUAAAUGGAGAUAAUAAUGACCUGUAUUAUUACUGUUUGUUGUACUAUAAUGUGCUGAAAUUAAAGAUGUACAGAAUUAUAACCGAUGCACAAUCUAUAAAAAGCAUUAAGUCAUUCUAAAGUCAUGAAGGAAAAAUUAAUGCUGUUUUUAAUCAGUGGAAACUUUCAUCG